CAAAUUCAAUUUUGCUUCCGCGAUAUCCACAUAGGAAUCUGCAUAUAUGAUUUGUCUCUUUCUGCCUGUUGAAUUUUCUCUUGUCCAAGGCAACUGAUUAACCACACAAACAUAAUCUACAAAUACGUACACAUCACCAAUAGAUGAGACGUACGUUCAAUUAUUUGAGAAUCCAAGAAUUCAAUAAUACAAGCACAUGAACUUAUUUCAUACAUAUAUAUAUAUGUGUGUGUGUGUUCUGUGUUGUAUUAAAUAAACAAAAAACAGAAUACAUGAGAAAUAUAAGCAUGGGAGAAAGGGGGAGAAAGGUCCAUGGCAUCAUGAUAUGCGUUCCCUACCAAGGGCAUCUCAACCCAUUUGUGAGUCUAGCUCUGAAGCUUGCCUCUAAGGGCUUCGCCAUCACAUUCGUGCAUCUCGAAUUCCUUUACCGCAAGCUAUGUGAUGCCCACCACGCCAACAAAACUGACGUCGACCUUUUUUCUGGAGCUCGAGAGUUAGGCCUCGACAUCCGUUUCACCACCAUGGCCGAUUGCUUUCCUCUGGAAUUCGACAGAGAUGCCAACUUCCCCGAGUAUUGGGACACUAUGGUGCGCGAUUUCCCAGCUCUCGCCGAUGAAUUUGUGGGCAACAUAGUGAGUUCUGAGCCUGACAUGCUCCAUUUCUUGGUGGCUGACACCGUCUACAACUGGCCUGCCGCCGUCGCCCACAAAUACAACCUUGUCAACGUUUCUCUGUGGACGCAACCCGCCUUGGUCUACUGUUUGGCGUAUCACUGGGAUCUCCUCGAACAGAACGGCCAUUUUCCAUGCAAAGAUGAUGUGCCCGAGGAAAUAAAGUACGUUCCAGGAGUUGAGUCAAUAAAUACCAAGGAUUUAAUGCACUACCUAAAAGAAUCCCAAUUUGCAAGCGUAGCUAACAGAUUGACGCGCUUGAUCUUUGAGCAGGCGAAGAUGGCCGAUUUUGUCCUGCAAAACACGGUGGAAGAGCUUGAACCUCAAACGCUAGCAGCCCUCCACAAAUACCUGCCAAACUACGCCAUCGGCCCCCUUAACUUCUCCAAAAACCUUCCAACAAACACUGUCACCACGAGUCUUUGGUCGGAGUCAGACUGCACCGAUUGGCUCGGAUCCAAACCCCCUGCUUCGGUGCUGUAUGUCUCGUUCGGGAGCUUCGUGCACACCAAUAAGCAGGUGCUCGAGGAAUUGGCGUACGGACUCGUUCUCAGUGGAGUGAAUUUCAUAUGGGUGAUUCGACAAGGUAUUCUGGGCGAUGGGGACACCAAUGCGUUGCCCAGCGACAGCUUCCAGGAUGCCAUUCAAGAGAGAGGGCUGAUCCUCGGAUGGUGCGAUCAGAUUAAGGUUCUGUCCAAUCCUGCGGUUGGAGGGUUCUUGACGCAUGGUGGGUGGAACUCGACUUUGGAGAGCAUGUGGAGUGGCGUUCCCAUGAUUUGCUAUCCCAUUGGAUUUGAUCAACCAUGUAAUAGGAAACUGGUGGUUGAUGAUUGGGAGAUUGGGGUCAAUCUCUGUGAGGAUUAUGGAUCUGUUGAUAGGGAACAAGUGGCCCACAAGAUUAAGAGCUUUAUGAAUGGAGGUGUUUCGGAUAAGUUGAAGGAGAAUGCGAGUAGACUGAGGCAGCUGGUGCACAAUGCGGUGGAAAUUGAUGGCUCUUCCGAGAUAAACUUCGACCGCUUUGUAAAGGAUUUGGAGGCAAAGAUUCAUGCCCAAAAUUAAUGUUUUUUGGUUUCACUUAGAUGCGUGCAUGAUUUUGAGUUUAAUUUGGUAAAGCACAUGGGAUCCUUUGUCCCAUAAUUUAGUGUGUACAACUGUUUACCAUUCUUAAUUUAUUAAAAUUUUUAAUUUUUAAUUA